AUACUGUUUCCUUUUUCAAAACAUUUGUUUUGCUCAGCAGAUAGUCGGGUCGUGUGUAGGUUUAGGUAAUGACUCUUUAAGAAAAGCGGAGCAUCAUGGAUGAGGACAGUAAACCGUUACUGGGUUUAGCACACACUGGAGAGUAUUACACCGAUUCACUGGACUCCAAACUAAGGAGGCCGUUCCAUGUGGAGCCCAGGAAUAUUGUGGAUGAUGAUGUUCAGGAGCGGGUGUCUGCUGCAGCGUCGGUGUUGAGCAGUCGAGUUCAUUACUACGGCCGUCUGACCGGCUCUUCUGACAGACUGCUGGUACCUCCAGAUCAUGUGAUCCCGGCUCCUGAAGACAUCUAUAUCUACAGUCCUCUGGGAACAGCAUUCAAAGUGCAGGGAGGAGAAAGUGCUGCCAAAAACCCCAGCAUUGUUACAAUUUUUGCCAUAUGGAACACCAUGAUGGGAACGUCUAUAUUAAGUAUACCCUGGGGAAUAAAACAGUCUGGCUUCACUCUGGGCAUUAUUAUUAUUGUGCUCAUGGGUCUGCUGACACUCUACUGCUGCUACAGAGUAUUAAAGUCCACAAAGUCAAUACCCUAUGUAGAUACCUCAGACUGGGAGUUUCCUGAUGUGUGUAAAUAUUACUUUGGAGCUUUUGGAAAAUGGUCGAGUCUCAUCUUCUCAUUGGUGUCACUGAUUGGUGCUAUGGUGGUUUACUGGGUUCUCAUGUCCAACUUUUUGUUCAACACAGGGAAAUUUAUUUACAACUAUGUUCACAAUGUCAGUGCAUCUGAUUUUGGCACGAAUGGAACAGACAGAGUGGUGUGUCCGUAUCCAGAUUUGGAUCCCGACAAGAACCGCAGUGUUGUGUUUUAUGUGACUGACAACAGCACAGGACAUGACGUGUUUGACCGCUGGUGGAGUAAAACCAACACCAUCCCGUUUUAUCUCAUCAUUCUGCUGCUGCCACUGCUCAAUUUCCACUCUGCAUCGUUCUUCGCCAGGUUCACCUUUCUAGGCACAAUAUCUGUGAUGUAUCUCAUCAUUUUGGUCACCUUUAAAGCUGCUCGACUGGGAUUUCACCUAGAGUUCCACUGGUUUGAACCAUCUACAUUUUAUGUUCCAGAGUUCAGAUCACUGUUUCCUCAGCUGAGUGGAGUUCUGACACUCGCGUUCUUCAUUCACAACUGCAUCAUCACGCUUAUGAAGAACAACAGACAUCAAGAAAACAAUGUGCGGGACCUGUCGUUGGCUUACCUGCUUGUGGGGUUAACAUACCUGUAUGUGGGCGUGCUGAUCUUUGCUGUCUUUCCAUCACCUCCUCUGUCUAAAGAAUGCAUAGAACCAAACUUUCUGGAUAACUUCCCCAGCAGUGACAUCCUGGUGUUUGUAGCAAGAAUGUUUCUUCUGUUCCAGAUGACCACCGUUUACCCUCUGCUGGGGUAUCUGGUGCGGGUGCAGCUGAUGGGGCAGAUCUUUGGUGAUCAUUACCCGGGUUUCCUCCAUGUGUUUGCUCUGAACAUCCUUGUUGUUGGAGCUGGAGUUCUCAUGGCCAGAUUUUACCCCAAUAUUGGCUCUAUUAUCAGAUACUCGGGGGCGAUGUGUGGUUUGGCUCUAGUGUUUGUUCUUCCCUCUCUGAUACACGUGAUCGCACUGAAGCGGCGAGGUGAGUUACGCUGGCCAUCCGCUGUCUUCCACUGGCUCCUCGUCCUGCUCGGAGUGGCCAAUCUGUUGGGACAGUUCUUCAUGUGACACCCCUGUGCCUUGAAUUUGUCACACGCGGGUUUACUGUAUAGAGUUGAGUUCUCAAUGCGGUUGGGAAUCGUUCCUCUGGUGCUUCUUACAGGACUGAAGUCAUCAUGACACUUGGAUGACUAACUGACUAAUCAAAGUAGCAAUGGGUUUUAUUACAAGGAAAACAAGGCACCAAAAUGUCCUUGUUUAUACAUUUGAAUGGAUUUAAUUAAAGGGAUAGAUUUAUAAUAUUAUCUGUUCUCAUUAGCUUCACAUAAGCUAUUGGAUGCUUUCAUCAGAGAUCUAAUCGUUCUAUCCUUGUUCUUGUUUUUCAUUUACCUGUACAUUUCUUCAUAAUCAAAUCAUAAUGCAUCAUCUUUAUGAUUUGUUUUCUCCCUGAUUUUUAAAUGCUUCAUUAAUUUAGUGAAUGUGGUGACAAACUUUACCCGUGCUAUUCAUGUACCCCUACUAGAUGCAAUAAUGUACUGUAUUUAAUUGCACCCUCAUAUUUUUAUCCUUUUAAACUUUAGUCAGUAUCAUCAUAAAUGUCCUCGUGUAGCAAAAUUACACAGAUCAAGCCAUUUCAGCUGGAAUGACACCACAGUUAGUGUGCAAUAUAAACAUACCUCAAAGGUCUUCCAGGACCCAGGUUUAACUGUGACAGUGUUGUGAGUGGUGUUGUGUUCAUGUAUUGAGAUUAUGCUUGUACAGUUAAUGGAUGCAUAAAGGGAAGCAAAAGUGUCUAGAUUCAGUUACAGGUUAAAUGUUCAUGAUAACCAUUUCUUGUUGCCUUUGAUUGUUUGAUAUUGUGUUUGUUACUCUUCUGCAGAAUCAGAAUGUACUGAUGCAUUCUAAAUGAAUUCGUGCCACUUUAUUAACUAUAUGCACAUGAAUGUGGGAGGCUUCGAUUUGCACACAUCUGUGGGAUUCCAAAGCUUGUCAAUUUUUAAGCAUUUGUAAAUAUCAUUUUCUGUCUAAAAGUCCUAUGUUCUUGUGUGUGCUUUUAUAAAAAAUAAAAGGGAAAUUGUUGCAACUUC